CGCAGCGCACAUUCGCUUAAACUCGCCGGCGGGCGCCAGGCAGCAGUCAGCCUCAGUCACGCUCUACACGCCGCUGUGGGAGGAUCGCGCGCGUGGCCUCUCCGAAAAUAUAUACACAUACAUAAAUAAGUAACACUAAUCUUACACAUAUAUUUACGCAUACUGGUACGUUUAUUUUAUUUUUUGGUCUUGUAACGUUAAAAAAUCAAGUGCCGUGAGUGCUUUUCCAUAAAGACAAGCAGAUCGAAGCUGAGUUGUUGCUGCUACUACAUCUUUUUUAGCAUCGUCUAAGGACAACACCAAGGAAUCAAGCAAGAAUCUAUUCUGUGUUGUACUGCCAGUCUCUAUUUUGCUGAUCAACGAUGGCGGACGUGGCAAAGAACAACAAGUCCAUGAGCGUCGUAAGUAGUAACAAUGGUCUUGGCAACAAGUCCAAAGUGAGUGGUGGCGAUGUGGUGUGCAGUGUGCAAUCUAACAACGGCAUGAUAAUUGAUCAUAACAACAAGCUAAUGAGUUGCGAGGACAACGAGGACAACGACGACGAGCUGAUCCUUGUCAACAAUACGCGCAACGAGCUGGAAUCAUCCACGAACGAAGACAAGAGUCUUCAAGAGCUCAUCGAGAGUGAAUUGGCGUUACGAAUAUGUGCCAGUGCACAGAGCAACGACGACACCGAGGGCGAUGAAGACAUCGAGGAAUCGGUUAAUGCACCUCCUGAGAUUACUAAAAAAAUCAUUUUAGAACCGAGGCAAGUGGUGAAUCCUGUAGACGUCAAUGCGGAAUUCAUUGUCAAAGAGAUUGAUCAUUAUACUCUGAUUGGCGAACCUUACGAAUUCUCAAACGGUCACGUGAGUCCGGAACAAACGAAUAUGGACGAACGUGAGGACUUUAUCGAGGAUGAAGUAUUUGAAGCUCAGACUGAGACGUCGGAAACCGAAGUAACGACCACGACUUCUGGUCCUUCAUUACCUUCGGCUUACGAAGCCAAUUUGGAAUUAGACUCGGAUAAUCAACUGAUCGAUAAUGAGCAACAGCAGCAAGAGGAACAAGUGACGAUUAGCGAUUCUUGUGAUGUUGCUACUGAUGACAACUCGUCUAAUCCUCAGUCGGUUAUCUCGGCUGAAAAGUACCUUAACGAAGAGGAACUUGCUCAGCCGAGUAUCUCCGUCGACGAACAAUUGCAGAAGACGGAUGCCGAUGAGCUUCCACACGACGAUGACAACGACGACAAUGAAUUAGACUCAUUCAAAAACGACGAGAAAUUGCAGGAUCAUUCGGAUCAAGAUACCAACUGGUCAAGCUCGACUUUCAUCGAAAAUGAGAUUCGCGACAGUCACGCUAAUCUCAGUCCGCAGAAUUUCGAGGAAGAAACUUUCGAUGAUCAGAUUUCUCAGAAAGAAGCUUCGGGUAUCGAUGAGAAGACUUGCUCGUUUUAUUCAACGGACCCCGAAACCGUUGACAAUGACCAAUCAGUUGACGACUUGAAGCACAAUGACACGAGCAGUAUAGACAUUAUCGUCACACAUAACGACGAUAGUAUUUAUGACAGAACUACCAAUGAGUGCAGCGAAUUUUACAGUCAGGAGAGCCAUUUCGAAAAUUAUUUGGAGAAGAGUAAACUCGAGGAUAGUACCAAGGAACUUGCACCUCUUGCUACACCCGACGAGAUCAGCGAUAUCUCAAAUGCAUGCGAUGACAGCGAAAGCCGUAGCGAGGAAGUGAUAACGUCGAGCUCAGUGGUGAGCAGCAGCACGAGCACCAAGAAGAAGAAGAAGAUCGAGGCUGGGGCUGGCAGCGAUGCCUCGCCGAAUCACACCAAGACCAAAAAGACUAAGAAGAGCAAGAAGAGCGAACUCGAAAAGGAGAACAUUUCCGUGAAGAAGAAAUUAAAGUCAAAAGAGGCCAAGUCGGAGAGCAUGCACACGAGCUCGCGGCGCUCGUCCGCGGAUAUGAUCGACAUUUCUGCUGAAGACGAUCUGUCGAACGUCAACGUCAAGUCACUGACACAAACGUACGUGGAGGAGACGACAAGCCGCGCAGAGCCUGGAAAGCCUAACAAAGUGGUCAUUGCAACUGGCGUGUCGAUCAAACAGUUGUGUCGUAGCUUUGGCGACGUAUCGAACAUGAGUGAAGAUCGGACGAAUUCGACCGGCAGUCCUGAUACAAGCCGAUUUCAGGAGCGAGCGAAGUCAACCGGUGACCUAAGGCUAUUCGAGCAACAGGAACGCACCAAGUACUUCGCUCGCGACAUCGUUUUCGCCAGCGUUAACGUCAAGGCUCUCCGCGCCUCGUUCACGAACCUGGCGAAUCUUCAGCGUAACUAUGCGGACAAAGCGUUGCAUGAAAGUACAAGACUAACGUCGUCAUUAAUACGAGCAAAGCCACCAGGCUCCAUCUUCGAGAAAUCGAGCUUUAACAAAUUUGAUGCCCUCAGCAAGAAGUCAUCCGGUGCAGUACUACACGUGCGUUCAGUGGACGCAGCCAAAGUACAGCAGCAGCUCAACUCUGUGUCACAGAAUGGCGAAGCGAAUCCGAGCUGUCGCAGUUGCGGCAAGGUUGUCUUCCAGAUGGAACAGACGAAGGCCGAGGGUUUGUGCUGGCACAAGAACUGCUUCCGUUGCGUGCAAUGCAGUAAGCAGCUCACCGUCGACAGUUAUCAGAGCCACGAGGCUAAUUUAUACUGUAAACCUCACUUCAAGGAACUUUUCCAACCGAAACCCGUCGAGGAGUCCGAUCAACCUGUGCGUCCCCGAAAGCCAGAGUUGAUCAUACGCGAGAACCAGCCAAAAGAGUUGCCACCCGAUGUAGUCAGAGCGUCUGACAAACCAGACCUCGGAUUGGAAGAACUGUCCGCGUUGAAUGUUAAGUCGCGCUUCCAGGUCUUCGAGAAGGCCAAUGAGCAAAAUAACGACAUCGAAAGAUCAUCUUCUCAGGUCGCGGUCAAAAGGUCGCCUAGUAUACUCAGCAAAUUAGCCAAAUUCCAAGCGAAAGGAAUGGAUAUCGGUGUGACAGAUGACGUCCUCAACGGGAUUCCCGUCGAAGAAUCCAGCGAGAGCGAAGAGGAAAUCGAAGAAGAGGAAACGGAAGAAACAGAAGAGACAAUGAUCAUAAAAUCAAAACGCGGCAACCGUGAACGACCGAUAAGCUUCACAAAGAUGGAUGACAUGAAGAACCGUUGGGAGACGACAAGCCAACAGGGUAAACGCGAAUCUCAGCGCGAAGCACGCAAAGAAGAAAUCGCUGGUAUACGCUCGCGACUUUUCAUGCAGGGUAAACAGGGCAAGAUGAAAGAAAUGUACCAGCAGGCGGUGGCUGAUAGUGAGAGGGUCACCAAAAUAAACGCUGCCGAGGAGAUUCAACAUACGACAAAUGCCAGAUCGAUUAAGGAACGUUUCGAACGUGGUGAACCUAUUGGAUCAACCUGUGACGAGGAAAUCGAAAAGAAUAAGGUUGAUAAACCUGAUGAGGAAAUACUAGCUGCCGGAAUCAGUCGAAAAUCUCGCUCACUAUUCUUGGAACUGGACGCAACUGCCGCGAAGGCGGUUCGCCCGGUGACGCCUAAUAGCCAACAGCCCAAAGUGCCAGCCGACGCGCCAAGGCGAGCACGUGAUGCAUUCAUGGGACGACAAGUGUCGGAUGACGUGGUGCGAAGUACCGACACUACGGAGGAGGUGCAAGUGGAUGUAUCCGACAUAUCGAAUAAGUUUAAGUUCUUCGAGAGCUACAGGGAACCCGAACGUGCGCGCAAGCAGUUCCGGAUCACACCACCACGAGACGGACAAGUCAAGAUGGAUUCGCCGGACCGCGAGAUCUACCGUGACCCGGAAGUCAUACGCGCGGACGAUCGCACCGAGGAGGUUGUGCGUACGGACACUGCACGCAAGAUGCUCUCAAUUUUCCGUCAAAUGGAGGAGAAAGCCACCAAGGAGGACUUGCCGGAUGGGCCCAAGCCAUUGAAGCGAUUUACGCCACCACCCGAGGAUAAAUUUGCCAAGGCGACUGCCUCGGAAUCCGACGAGGACGAGGACGAAGCUGAAGAAUCAGAUGACGAGGAGCACAAUCCAAAUUAUGUUAGGGCUUCCGACAAGGUAGAGGACGAGUUUUUAAAGCAAGCGAGGACUGCGGCUCGAGCCAAGACAUUACGCGCCAAAUUCGAGCAUUGGGAGACGAGUGACGAGAAAAUUAUUAACCAGCAACAGCAGCAGCAAGCUGAAAUGGACAUCGCUCAGACUGACGGCACCCAGCCUAGCAUCGAGUCAGCGAGUUCACUUAGGGCUCGCUUCGAGUCACUUGGCUCGCAACCUACCGAAACGCCGCGUACAACCAAAGUCAAGGUCAAUCGAUUUGUGUAAUCGACCUAAUGAAGACUGGAAACUGGAUGCUACCGGGGCUAAAUUAAUGGACGAAGAGAGAGAAGCCCAUGGGUGACGAUUAAAAAAGGGGGGUAAAAUGAUAUCAUCGCAUAAAAAAACAAGGAAUUCAAGGACAGGAAGUAACUUCCAAGUGCACAAGCGAUGAAAUCUACAUUAAUGAUUAUUGAUAGUGAUUAUUGCGUUUAACGAUUAUGUUAAAAUAUUUAAUUAUUACAUUAUCAAAUGAUGUGAACAGGGUUGAAUGUUUUUUUUUUAUUUUUUAAACAUUGAAGUGUUGUAUUUUGUUCUUCUCUUUUUUUGCCAGUGAGAUAUUUUUGUACUCUCCAUUGACUAUAUUUUCCGUAUUUUUUAUCUUUGCCAAUUAGAUUUUUUUUAAGUUACUUACCAUCAUAUUUUUACUCUAAAUUACAAAAAUAUUCAACCCUGUAUAACUAGUAUAUUAUAUAGAUAGCGUUCUUUAAGUUUUUAGAGAUGAUUUUAACUUGAAACGUUGUGCGUUUUUAGCGGAUUUUAUCAAUUUUCGCCGGAGAUAAUAAUUACUUUGAUCUGUUAAUUUUCGUUUACAACUAUUUGCCAGUGAUUACAAAAUGCACGCGCGAGAAGUAUACAAGAUAAAAAAUACAAGCAAAGAAUUGAAAUAGUAUUUAAAUAAAUGCAAUCCAAUUUGUAAUGCUAACCAGUGCCAAUAUCAAGGAAUUUUUAUGAAGCUACUCUAAUAAUCACCUACAGUAAUUUUUACAGAACAAAAUCUAUUUAUGAUACACGUCUAACUAAACAACAUACACAUUUUGUAAGCAAGUUUGUAACGAAUCUAUUUCACUAUGCGAGAUUUACAAGUCUUUUUAUAUAAGCAUAUUUCGGCUAAUGAAUAUCAUAAACUGGCUGAUCAAUCUAAAGCAGACCAAGCUUAUGAAUUUUUCACUGUUAUCACAGCCAAAAGGCAAUCCAUUGGGCUUAAUUAAUUGAAUAAAAUGAUACGCGCGCGCGCAUGUCUAAGAGUGUACACAUAGAUACAAGAACUAACAUUGAAGUUUCUUUUAUAUUGAAUAUUUCAUGAUAUUUUUUAUUAGUUAAACGAAUAAAUAAUUUUUUCCAACCGAAAAUUUAAAAAAGCAACAAAAUGCUUUUAGUCAUCGAUCAGUGUAUUAUUAAAUGUUACAAAUGUUCAUAUUUUUCUAGCGAUCGUAACAAAAAAAUUAUUUAACGCGUGAAACAAUAGUAAAUUUUUACUCGUUUUUCAAAUUUUAAGAACAAAAUAAGAUUUCGUGCAUUGGAAAUAUUAUACACAAAUAUUCGUAUGCCAUUAAUCAGAUUGUAAAUUAAUGUAAUUUGUACGGCAACCUGUAGAGAAAUUCGUAUGCUAUUUAACUUUCAUAAAUACCUAUACGAAACUUCUCAACGAUUUUAAAAUUGCGUUUGCUGAUAUAUUGCAUCAUAAAAUUUAUAAGGGCACUCGUCUCUAUAUUUUUGUUUAUGCAUUUCUUCCAAUUUUAUUUCUUUUCUUUUUAGAGUACAAAAGUACUUAAUAAAUUAAUCGUAAACAUGAGUUUUAAGAGUAAUCGUAUAAUCCAGACCGUCUACGUAUGUACAUGCCUAGCGAUAAAUAAGCUUAUGUGUAUAGCUCGUGCGUUUGCGUUUUGUUGUAAUACUCCGAAAGAAAAAAACGAAAAAAAAAACAUUAAAAUGCAUUAUAUAUCCGGCUACUUUGUCAAAGCGCGUAAUAUUUUAUAUGAUACACGCACACUGACAACUGUAGUGGAUAUGAAAAAAACCAAAAGUGAAAAUCAAGUUUUUUGAGGGUCGAACUGAUUUUUCUCAAUAAAAUGGAAAUUGUACUU